AUGGCGUCUGUGUCCCCAGGCUUGACCCGCGUGUUCUGCAAGGGCGCGCCUGCGCGCGCUGCCUGGAUCAAGAUCAAGCCGUUCACCGACCAGAUCACAGCCAUGAGGAUCGAGGAGGUGGCCUCGACCACCAAGACUCAGCGCGUAGCCACACACACGCACAUCAAGGGGCUUGGCCUAAAGGACGAUGGCACCGCCCAUCCCAUGGCCGCGGGCUUCGUGGGCCAGGAACAGGCGAGAGAGUCGUGCGGGAUCGUCGUGGACAUGAUCAAGCAGAAGAAGAUGGCGGGACGUGCCCUUCUCAUGGCCGGCGCCCCCGGGACCGGCAAGACCGCGCUCGCGCUCGGGAUAGCUCAGGAGCUCGGUACCAAGGUGCCUUUCUGCCCCAUGGUGGGCAGCGAGGUGUACUCGUCCGAGGUGAAGAAGACAGAGGUGCUCAUGGAGAACUUCCGGCGCGCGAUCGGCCUGCGCAUCAAGGAGAACAAGGAGGUGUACGAGGGGGAGGUCACGGAGCUCACACCAGAGUACACAGAGGCUGAGGCUGGUGGGUACGGCAAGGUGGUGAGCCAGGUGCUCAUUGGUCUGCGCACUGUGAAGGGCACCAAGCAGCUCAAGCUGGACCCCACCAUAUACGACAGCCUGCAGAAGGAGAAGGUCCAGGUCGGUGACGUCAUCUACAUCGAGGCCAACAGCGGCGCCGUCAAGCGCGUGGGGCGGUGCGACGCGUACGCGACAGAGUUUGACCUGGAGGCGGAGGAGUACGUGCCCCUGCCAAAGUCCAUUGAGGAGGGCACGUCUGAUGCGGUUUCUCAGGUCGGGCGCGCCAUGCUGGGGGGCUUCCCUCUACGCAACCCGCAGCGGCGCAAGGCCCCCCACUCAAUUGGUGCCUCCCCUCUGGGGAUACCAUGA